AUGUUAUCUUCACAUUUCCUCAAGCUUGUCGGUCUGGCUUCGUUAACUGGCGCACAUUUUUUUCUCGAAACGCCUAUCGCCAUUGGCUUUGAUGACCUGACACUUACAGAAGCCCCAUGCGGUGGAUUUGAUCCGACUGACCGAAGUGCAGGUGUUACCGAAUGGUCGGUUCUAGGAUACCCUAUUGCUCUUAUAACGACUCACUUGAACGUGAGCUGGACAUUUCGGGCGGCUCUGCUAAGUGACGUUACCAAUUGGGUUGAUGUUUUCCCCAGAAUUCACCAAACUGGCAUUGCAGAAUUUUGUCUUCCAGAGGUGCCUGGUAUUGAGGCUUGGAUCGGGCAAGAUGCUGUUGUACAGAUCAUCCAGGAGGCGCCCGAUGGCCUCUUACACCAGUGCGCAGCUGUAAAAUUUGUCGCAGGAGGCCCUGCCGUUCCAGACGACACUUGCGAUAACGACUCGAUGAUUUCGUGGAGCGCAUAUCCCACAAGCACAACCACUCCUGUAACCACUACAGCUAGCACUACCACCUCCCCAACAACGACUCCAAACACCACCGCCGCCUCCACCACUCCCACAACUACGAGCAUUUCACCAACGACAACAACAACGACGCUGACAACGACGCCGACAGACUCGAGCUCUAACUCAACAUCCCACUCAUCAACAACGGCGGCGACGGCGACGAGUCAAAGAAGUUCUCAAACCUCAAGUACUACCUCAGGUACCACGAGCCCUCCGGCCUCAGAUUCUACGACCACUCACAAAUCAUAUACCACACAUGAGCCACAACCUUCACACACUCCAUCCACGACGACAUGUGUCACCGAAACUACUCGUCGAACCAUCCCGUACAGUAAUACAACCCCAACAGCCGGGGAGACUACCAUGGGUCCCACCAUCCAAAUACAACUCUCAUUAUAUCACACGGCACUUUAUAUUAUCCAACUACUCCGGCUGAAGACUCAACUACAAUAA